GUGUAGAUUUCUUGUCAGCUGAUUCAAAUUAGUGUAGUUAAUUUUACUAUUUGUAAGCAAUGUAUACGUUAUUGAAUGUCUUGUGAGUAAUUGUAUUUACAUUUUGAACAUUAAAUGUAGAUAUUCGGUUUCAACUAUCAAUCUACCCGCAAAAAAAUGAUAUAAAUUUGUCCAACAAACUUUCCGUGAUCAGAGGCAAAGUAACUAAAGUAUGCAAAUGUUUUAAGCGUUAUCUAGUACAAUUAGCUGUCUCUAGGAUGGAUGAAGUAGCAGGUUCAAGCAACUCAAAACCAAGUAGCCGGAAAUUUCUGUCAAAAGAAGAGAAACAAAUGGUGUAUAGGGUGUACAAAGGUUUAAAAUGUACACUUCCUACAAUAGAAGCUGUGUGUCGAUGCUCAUUUCUGACGGGGGUGUCAGUAGCGACAGUUUUUGGCAUUAUGAAUGAAAAGAAGGUGACUGGAACAGUACAAUCACGUGUUUACAGUAGAAAAAAGAAAAAAUUAGAUAGCUCUCAAGAUGAUAUGAUAUUGCAUCUUGAUGACACUGAACAAGAACCCAACAAUGAUUUCACUGAAGAGCUAAAACUUGAUAUCGAAGAACACCAUUUGGAUGAAACAUGGAAAAAUCUACAAGACAACGAUCAAAACAGUAACGUUACUACUGAAUUCGUUUCAGUAAAGGAAGAACUUUUUGAGUUAGCUUCAAUUAAACAAGAAAAUAAUGAACUAGUUUUGACAAAACAAGAAAAUAAUGCAGGGGACAAACUCGUGAAACAGGAAAUUGGAUUAAUAGACGAACUUGUUCAAAUGAGACAAGAAAAUGAUAUAACUAUAGAAAUUAUUCCAGUGGAACACGAAAAUGGAGCUAGAGAUCAUUCAAUUCCAUGUAUAAACUCCAAAAGAAAAGCUAUUGAUUAUCCAGAUGGAAAAUCUGAUUUUGUUUCUGUGAAAAAUUCCAAGCCUACAUGAAUAGGUCUGUAAAUUACUUCGAAAUGUACCAGAACAUAACUGAAACUGAUGGAUUAUGGAAAAAUUCGUAUUCAGCAUGAAGUUGAAGAUGACAAUAUUGUACAACAACAAGAAUAAUAAAGCAAAUAGAUACCUGAA